AUGGUGUACAAAUUUAAAAUAUCAUCAAACGGCGGCAAUGCGCCCGUCAGCCGUUUGAAAUGCGUAGCGGCACAAUUAUUGGCCAGUAUGUCCGCGAAUCUUCUGCUCUUGGACCUCGGCAUGGCUAUCAGCUUUGCAACUAUAGCCCUUCCUGAUUUACUUAAUUCGAAAGAAGGAUUGUCGUUCAAUGACAUUCAAGCGUCAUGGUUCGGUAGUCUAUCGUAUUUGACUCAGCCGCUCGGCGCGAUUCUCUCUGGCCCUAUUGUAGAUUAUUUGGGCAGGAAGAAAGCUAGUAUUUUUGUUAACAUUCCACAUUUAAUAGCCUGGAUUUUGGCGUACUUUUCUUGGAAUUUGCCAGCUCUUUUCAUUGCAAACGGCUUGCUUGGCAUAGGCACUGGUCUUAUGGAAGCACCAAUAGCAGCCUACGUUGGAGAAGUAACGGAACAUUCAAUACGCGGCUCGUUAUGUACCGUGACGCAACUUUUCUUGGCAAUUGGAAUCCUCAUCAUGUACUUUCUCGGUACGGUGGUGAACUGGCGUAAUGCUGCCCUUAUUUCUGUCGGAGCUCCGAUUUUGGCAAUACUAUUUUCAUUAUUCGUUCCGGAGACACCAGUUUGGCUUCUAUCUCAAGGCCGAGACAAGGAUGCUCUCGACUCUCUUUGCUACCUUCGUGGAUGGACCACACCGGAUCAGGUUAAAGAAGAAUUCGACGACCUCGUUGUCUACUCGCGGAAUUUACAUCAAUGUGUCAUUUGUAUCAAAGAAGGGGAAAAGGAACAAGACUGUGAUCAUCACAAAAUGAAUAUUUUUAAAAGGUCCUGGCUGAAAUUCAAAUACGUGAUGUUGGGAAAAGCAACAAUGAGACCGCUCUCUUUAGGGCUCUUGUAUUUUAUGUUCUACGUCAUGAGUGGCCUGACCCCCAUCAGACCAAACAUGGUAAACAUAUGUGGUGCCUUUGGAAUGGAUGCAAAUGAGAAACAAAUUGUGCUAAUGGUGGGGAUUCUAACAUUCGUCGCGGCCCUGUUUGUUAUUGGCCUUAUAAAACUCGCUGGCAAACGAAAACUUGGAAUCACUGCCAUGCUAGGAACAGCAAUAUCCUGCACUGCCCUUAGCGUUUACGCGAAAAUGAAUCUGUCGGAUUCUGUAUUUUCUUACGACACCACCACAUUUCCUACGCAGAAGAGCAGCAUACCUUUGAUAUUUUUGUACGCUUUGACAUUGUUCACUGGCAGUAAUGUAUCUUGGGUAUUACUGGGUGAGAUAUUUCCAUUCAGGAGCCGCGCGACAGCUCAGGGCAUUGCAGCCGCUUGGAACUACAUAGUUACAUUUUUUGCCUCAAAAACCCACAUCGAUCUUGAAAUAAGUCUACGACUCUGGGGCACCUUCGCUGUGUACGGUGCUUUUGCGUAUGCGGGCACUAUUUAUUUGUACUUCUUUAUGCCAGAAACUGAAGGGGUGCCUUUACACGAAAUCGAAAAUUUCUAUAAAGGCGAUUUAAGAACGUUUGCGGACGACCCUUUUAUUCGUUUCUUUAGGAAAAUAUUAAAUAUUAAAAUGUGAUAAUUUAAACACACUAA